GUACCCUAUCUCGUUUGUGAUUGGUUUACUCUGGUCAACUGACUAGCGUAGGGUCACGCCGCGUUCUGAUUGGAGGACGCCGUGGAGAAGGGCGACGUCUUGUCAGAGGACAGAAGCAACAUGGCGGCGCUGCGGGGUCUUCUGUGCAGGGGGAAGAGCCAUGUGUCCGUGCUCCUCCGGAGAGAGUUCCACAAGAGCUCGCCCGCCGCCCUUCAGAUCACUGUACGGGAUGCUUUAAACCAGGCUUUGGAUGAAGAGCUGGAGAGAGAUGAAAGAGUGUUUAUGUUGGGGGAGGAAGUUGCUCAGUACGACGGAGCAUAUAAGAUAAGCAGAGGUCUUUGGAAAAAGUAUGGUGAUAAAAGAGUUAUGGAUACCCCUAUUUCCGAGAUGGGAUUUGCUGGCAUUGCUGUUGGUGCUGCUAUGGCUGGGUUAAGGCCAGUAUGCGAGUUCAUGACUUUCAAUUUCUCCAUGCAAGCCAUUGAUCAAGUGAUUAACUCUGCUGCUAAAACCUAUUACAUGUCAGCGGGCCGUGUGCCUGUCCCAAUUGUGUUCCGGGGGCCGAAUGGUUCAUCAGCUGGUGUCGCUGCCCAGCACUCCCAGUGCUUUGCUGCCUGGUAUGGACACUGCCCUGGGUUGAAGGUGUUGAGCCCAUGGAAUGCUGAAGAUGCUAAAGGACUUCUGAAAGCUGCAAUCCGAGAUGAUAACCCAGUGGUAUUUCUAGAGAAUGAGCUCAUGUAUGGCGUGCCAUUUGAACUAUCUGAGGAAGCCCAGUCGAAAGACUUUGUUGUUCCCAUUGGCAAGGCAAAGGUAGAGCGUCAAGGAAGCCAGAUCUCUGUGGUUUCCCAUUCACGAUCUGUCGGUCAUUGUCUGGAGGCUGCCAACAUACUGUCCAAAGAAGGAAUUGAUUGUGAGGUUAUCAAUCUGCGCACAAUACGGCCAAUGGAUACCGAAACAAUUGAAGCCAGUGUUGUGAAGACAAACCAUCUAGUGACUGUAGAAGGAGGGUGGCCGCAAUUUGGAGUAGGAGCUGAAAUCUGCGCUAAGAUUAUGGAAGGACCUGCAUUCAAUUACCUAGAUGCCCCUGUGUACCGUGUGACUGGAGCUGAUGUUCCCAUGCCUUAUGCCAAGAUUCUAGAAGAGAACUGCAUACCACAAGUGAAAGACAUUAUAUUUGCUGUCAAAAAGACACUUAAUGUUAUCUAGGUAUCCAAGUACUUUUCACUUAAGAGGUAACAUGUCCUUUUAAACCAUAAGGCUGAACAGCAGUCUCCUCCAUUGUGUUCUUGUUUUUUAUUUUUUUAAUGUGCUGUUUCAUUUCAUGUUUAGGAACUGACUUCCAACCAAGGGAGAUGAUCUGUCCUAGAUGCCUUCUGAUCAUAUUCUGUCAAUACACCAGAAAUAGAGAACAAGUAGGAUACUAGACCUACCAACCUACACCCACAGGUGUAGUGUUACAAAAUAAAUGUACCCCAAAUAUAGACACCAAACACCAAAACAUUUUUAUAUUAAAGUAUGUAAAUCUUUUAGUCACAGUUACAAUUAAAAUACAUAUAA